GGCUCUUGACUUUAGGGGUCUGGUUGUAAACAGACUGAAGUUUCUUCUCUUGACUCUGGAUCUUCUCUGGAUCUUCUCUGGAUCUUCUCAGGUGAGAUGACGACCUCCACCUCCACCUCCACCUCCACCUCCACCUCCGGCUUCGACGGGAUGUACUCGCAGCUGAUCGAGGCCGAGGACGAGCUGCAGCGCAGGACAGAUGUGGAAGUCUCCCAGGUCAGACUGACCCCCAGGCUGAGCGUCCCCGGGCCCUACCGCCUCGCCACCAUCUGCCUGGCUACGCUCUGCGCCAUCCUGCUGAUCUCCAUCAUAGCCGUGGCUGCACACUAUAAAAACAAGCCUCAGGGAAGCGGUGGAGUCGCCUCGGAGACACAGAAGCAGACGCAGGAUGCGAACGUGUCGGCUCUGAUCGCCACCAUCAGCGCUCUGCGGCAGGAAACGCAGCAGCUGCAGAGAGAGAAGGACGAGCUGCUCGUCAAACUGUCCACCAAGACGGCCACGAGAGCACCUGAGGUGAACAAACCGACCGAGGCGCCGCCGCUCUGCCCCGUGGAUUGGCUUCUCUUCAACAACAGCUGUUACCACAUCUCCAGACUGUCCAGGGAUUGGCCGGAGAGUCAGUCGUUCUGCCAGAGCAAAGGAGCUCACCUGGCCAUCAUCCACACGGCCGAGGAGCAGAAGUUUCUGUGGGAUCUUCUGCCCAGAGGCCACUGGAACGCCUUCUGGUUCGGGAUCACUGACGAAGACACAGAGGAUCAGUGGAAAUGGGUGGAUGGUUCUCCACUGGUCGGAGGUUUCUGGGAGGUCGGCGAGCCCAACAACCACAUCAACGAGGACUGCGGCUACAUGAUCAAAACUCGGGUGUUGGCGCGAGUGGCCAUACGGAGCUGGUACGACGCCCCCUGCACCAUGCCUUUGCCGUUCAUCUGCGAGAAGGAGAUGGGCGCCGGUGGCAGCACGGCCAUUCCACACUGAGGCGCCAGGAAAACCGGUGGCUGGUUUAUCAGGUUUUAGCUGCAUUUACAAAUAUCUUACAUCAUUCAAAUUCUUUUAAAACCUCAACUUUUAAUUCCCAUUAUUUUGAUCUGAAGAAAUUCAGAUGUUGAUUUUGCCUUAAAAAUCCAAAACGAUGGACACACGGGUUAAAAGUUGUUGUUUAACCUUCACGUAUUAUUUUGCGUUAACCCUUUAAUGGCCUCUCAUUACACCAUGAAUCACGAGACAACAGAUCUCAGAGAACGGUGCUAAAGACAAAAUGUGAAGCAGCAAACAACAAUAUUUAGUCUAACAUGUCAGCAGGUAAAGUUUUUUAUUGGAAAAGUUAAACUUGUAGUAAAUAACUCCAAGUAAUCCCAUGAUUUAACUCGUUUGUAAAUCAAAGGGUGUAAUUUUCCACCUGUGAUAUAUAUGUAGAAGGAAAUGGCUUAAAAUGUAAGAUUAUAAAAAUAUACUUCCACCAUCGAUAUUAAUUUACAAUUAACAUCGAUAAAUCAGGGAUUCAUGAUCUUUUUAUGUUUUCACUUACUUCUAGCGUGAAAUUGUAUUUAGCAUAUUAGCACAUUAACUGUCCGUAAAGGAAUAAUGAUAAUAAAGGUGCCGACGGUAGAUUUGAGAUCAUCAGAUCUGAUGUUUUGGUGAAUCUGAUGCACUUUUGCUGUUUGUUGAUUGAGUCAUCGUUAAUCAAACAUGUGAAAUGGAGGAGGCGUGUCCUGUGGAUCAUGUAAAUAAACAGCCAACUUCA